AUGUGUCAUUUGGGGCUUGUGCAGGUGUGGGUGCGCGAUGUGAGGGAGGCAGUUGAGCUGCUGGACGAGGCCACAGGGCAGCGCACGCCCAAGGAACAGGUGUUCCUGUUGCACUACCGGCGCUUCGGCGUGGUCACGGACCUGGUGAGGCCGCCGGCGACGGGCGGGCCGCUGCACAUGUUCAGCGCGCACCAUUACAGCCUGCCGCAGCCGGGCAGCCAGAUGACUCACCAGCUGCUGCCCAGCGGGGGGUCCCUGAUGUCCACCGGAGGGGGGUCCCUCCUGCCCACCGCACUCAGCGUCUCCAUGAGCACCGGGGCCAGCCCGUGA